UAUUCAUGUAGUGAAUGUGGAAAGACCUUUAGUCAAAAGGGAAAUCUUAAAAUGCACAUGAUAACUCAUACUCAGAAGAAGCCCUUUGAAUGUAUUGAAUGUGGUAACAGCUUUAGAAAUACCUUUCAUCUUUUACAACAUGAGAGAAUUCAUAUUGGACAGAAACCCUUUGAAUGCAAUGAAUGUGGGAAAGGCUUCAGACACAUCUCAGUGCUUUUAAGGCAUUAUAGAAGUCACACUGGAGAGAAACCUUAUGAGUGUAAUGAAUGUGGAAAAGCCUUCAGCCAAAAGGGAAACCUUAAAAUGCAUAAGAUAAUUCACACUAGGAAGAAGCCCUUUGAAUGUAUGGAAUGUGGAAAAGGCUUCAGGAAUAGUUUUUCCCUUUCACAACAUGAGAGAAUUCAUACUGGAGAGAAACCUUAUGUGUGUAAUGAAUGUGGGAAGGCCUUCAGCCAAAAGACAAACCUUAAUUCACAUAAAAGGAUUCAUACUGGAGAAAAAGCAUAUUCAUGUGAUGAAUGUGGGAAGGCUUUUGGAAAUAGCUUUUAUCUUUUACAACAUGAGAGAAUUCAUACUGGAGAGAAACCCUUUGAAUGUACUGAAUGUGGGAAAGGUUUCAGGUACAUCUCAAUCCUUUUGAGACAUCAGAGAACUCAUACUGGAGAGAAACCUUAUGAAUGCAAUGAAUGUGGGAAAGCUUUCAGCCAAAAGGGAAAUCUUAAAAUGCAUAAGAUAAUUCAUUCUAAGAAGAAGCCCUUUGAAUGUAAUGAAUGUGGGAAAGGCUUCAGGAAUAGCUUUUCCCUUUUACAACAUGAAAGAAUUCAUACUGGAGAAAAACCCUAUGAAUGUAACGAAUGUGGAAAAACCUUCAGACAAAAGACAAACCUUAAUUCACAUAAGAGAAUUCAUACUGGAGAGAGACCCUAUGUAUGUAAUGAAUGUGGGAAAGCAUUCAGCCAAAAGGCCAGCCUUAAUUCGCAUAAGAGAAUUCAUACUGGAGUCAAACCAUAUUCAUGUAAUGAAUGUGGGAAGGCCUUCAGCCAAAAGGCAAGCCUUAAUUCACAUAAGAGAAUGCAUGCUGGAGUCAAACCAUAUUCUUGUAGUGUUUGUGGCAAAGGCUUCAGUAAUAACUUUUAUCUUAUACAACAUGAGAGAAUUCAUAGUGGAGAGAAACCCUUUGAAUGUAAUGAAUGUGGGAAAGGCUUCAGACACAUCUCAGUCCUUUUGAGACAUCAGAGAAGCCAUACCGGAGAGAAACCCUAUGAAUGUAACGAGUGUGGGAAAGCCUUCAGCCAAAAGGGAAACCUUAAAAUGCAUAAGAUAAUUCAUUCUAGAAAGAAGCCCUUUGAAUGUAUGGAAUGUGGGAAAGGCUUCAGGAAUAGCUUUUCCCUUUUACAACAUGAGAGAAUUCAUACUGGAGAAAAACCAUUUGAAUGUAAUGAAUGUGGGAAGGCUUUCAGCCAAAAGACAAACCUUAAUUCACAUAAGAGAGUUCAUACUGGAGAAAAGCCCUAUAAAUGUAACCAUUGUGGGAAAGCCUUCAGCCAAAAGGGAAGCCUUAAUAAGCAUCACAAAACUUGUAGGGGAGAGAAACACUUUGAAUAAAAUGAAAGGGCACUAGCCUAUAGUCAAAGCUGAAGUGAUUAUAAUUCAGUACAUAUGGACCCUUUGAAUAUAGUGAAUUUGAGAAACCCUCACAUAGUUCAUUGGAAGCAUGGGAUUCAUAAUGGGCAUAAACCCUGUGAUUCAAAUGAAUGGCAAAACUUUCAGCUGGAAGGGAACGUAAUAUACACUAGAAAACUCAUUUGAGAAAUGUUUUUCAUGUAAUGAGUGGGGUUUUUAAAGAUGUUAUAUAAACUUUAAGAAACAUGAGACUGUUAAUGCUGGACAAAACGUGAAUGUACAGAUUAUGGAAAAGGUUUCAUGAAAAAAUAAAGCAUUGCACAUCAGGAAAUUCAUACUGAAGGCAAGGACAUAGUGUAAUUAAGGUGCGCACUUUCAAAAAGUAGAAUGAGAGGAUCAUAAGAAACUUCAUACUGGAGAGAAAAACCCUUUGGAUGUAAUGGAAAGCCUUCAGGCCAAGUCAAACCUUUUGUAUACAUCAUAAAAUCAUUAUGGUAGAUAAUUAAAAAAAAACAUUUGGGAAAGCCUUCAUCGAAAGGAAGUAACUCACAGAACAUCAGCUAAUUCAUACUGGUGAGAAUCUCCAUAAACAUAAUGAAUUGAGCAUGCCUCAUCCUAGAUGUCAUGCUGGAAUUUAACUUCACAAAUACAUAAUGGAGGGGAAAAGCUUAAGAAAAUUCUAGUCACCAAAUCUCAGAUUUGAAAGGGAUUUUAGAAGCCAUCAAGUUCAACCUUCAUUUGAAAGAAAAUUGCCCCUACAACAUUUCAGAUUACUACCUGUAAUUUCUUUUAAGAUUUUUAAAAAUUUUAAAACCUCCUGCCUCCUAAGAAAGCUGGCUCCAUUUUUGGAUAAGGCUAAUUAUUAUUAAUUUUUUUCUUUGAAAAAAACCUACAUUUAUCCCCUUCCACACACUUUUGUGUGUGUGUGUGUGCAACUUCUCCCUAUUCCUUCUAGUUUCACCUGCAGCCAAGGAAAACAAGUUAAAUCUCCGCUGACAAUACAACAGAUAUUUGAAGAUAGUUAUUGUGUCAUUUAUCUACCCCCUCCCCCCCGCCACUGAUGUUUUCUCUUCCAGUGAAACCUUUUUAGUUCUUUCCACUCAUCUUUAUGAGUUGGUCAUGAAGUAAAGGCUCUUUGCCUUCCUGGUUGCCUUUUGCUGCACAUUUCUCAGAUGAUACUAAAAUGAGGUGCCCAAAAUGUGCAAAUGAAUAAAUAUUUACUACAUGGCAAAUAUUAUGCUAACUGUUGGAGAUACAAAUGUAAAAAUGAGACAGCCCCUGCCUUUAAGGAGCUUGCAUUCUAAUUGGUUAAAACCAUGCAGCUUAGGGGAAUGUUUAUCCAGGAAAAUUGUUUUAAUUUGAGAAAUCACAGGGAGGGUGGAUGGUGCCAUAGAAAAAUUGAUUAACAUGCUUCUUUUUUUAGCAACAAUAACAGCAUUAAUUUAAUUUUCGCCAUGGUUCUUGAACUGGAAAAUCAGGCAUUGGGGAAUAUGGGGUCAAGGGUAUGCAUAUGAUGUUAGUAAAGGUGGCAGGAUUACUAUUGUGGAAUAUGAAAUGUGAUUAAGGUCAACUAAAUAUAUAGGGAGCUAUGUGAUGCACUCAGAAGUCAGAUCAGCUUAGGUCUCAGUGAGAAAUCUAGAGGUGAAAGAUGCAUUUCAGAUCAGAUGAGUAUUUUAGAUUAGUUCUUAGCUUUUUUUGUUAUAUGGACCUCAUUGGCAAUCUGGUGGAACCUGUGGACCUAUUCUCAGAAUGAUACUUUUAAAUGCAUAUGAUAAAAGUACUUAGGAUUAUGAAGAAAACUGAUGUUGAAAUACAGUUAUCAGAAUAUUUUUUUCCAUCCAUGUUCCCAGACCCCCUGCAAUCUAUUUGUGGUCCCUAAGUUAAGAAUUCAUGCCCUAGAUUUGCUCGGGACAGAGUUAACAAUAUGGCAGUAUCUCCUUCAUUUUGAUGAUUAUACUCGUGCAGCCUAAGAUUGAAUUAGCUUUUGGGGCUGUUCUUUCAUGAUGCUUGACUCUUUCUGAGCCUGUAUUCCACCCAUAUCUCUAGAUAUGUUUCAGAUCAACUGUACUCUAGCUAUACUGUUUCUCCUUUGUACUCAGGUGUAAGAUUUUAUUUAUAUGUUACUAUGAAAUUUCAUCUUAAUUAAUUUGGACUAAUUCUAGCAUGUUAAGUUUUUUUUUUUUU